CUUCACGUUGGAUCUCAGCGUGAAAUGGAAACAAGUGAUGAUGAGUCAUUGGUGACCUCGCCAUGUCGCCAUUGUCACCUCUCCUCCACUGUUGAUGUCAUCACCCAGGGUCAAACCUGCCCAGGUGGCGAGGUCACAUGUUCAGGAGAUGGCGAGGAGGUGGCGUCCAGAGCUCAGUCACACUGUGUGGAUCACACUACCUGCACACUCUGCUGCGGGUCACAUGAUGGUACACACGGACCAAUCAGACGAUCUGAUGAGGAUCAGGGGGCAGAGCUUUGUCUAAGAGAUGAUGUCAUCCUGACAGACAGGAUCAGUCCAAAUAUGGACAUGGAGGGGUCAAAGGUUAACCGCUGUCACCAACAGGAAGGUGGUGGUCACUGCGGGGGCAGGGCUACUGGAGGCACUGACCUCUACCUGGAUGAGCCGUUCUCUCAGGUGACCUCAGACUCAGACACACAGGAAGGAGAUCUGACCUCUGACCCCCCGGUCUUCUCUGAUGAUGACGCCUUCACAGAGCUGCUACAGCUGGGCGAGCUGAACCAUCCUGCUCCCGCCUCCGCCACCACCACCACCACCGCCACUCCCUCCAGGAACACGUACGAGUGUGGACGCAGGCAGAGUGCUCCGGGUCAGCUGGUCCAGGAUGACGGAGGUCCAGAGUCUGAGCUGCAGUCCAGGAGGCCGGGCAUCAUCGAGUACUUCAGCAGCAGGAAGCAGCGGUCCAUCAGUCAAAGUGUUCCUGGCUGGAAACUCUUUGGUAAAGUUCCUCCAAAGCAGAGUCCAUCCAAACAGGCCCGGAUCAUACAGCAGCAGAGCGCUGAGAUUAGUCAGAGCUCUCUAUCCUCUCCAGACUUCCAGGAGUUCGAGGCGCGGCAGGUUUCCGGUCGCAACUCUCCUACCCAUCAUGCAGCGGGGCAGCAGAGCAGGAGAAAGGUGGAGUUUGAGCCGCUCUCGACCACGGGACUGAUCCUGGAGGACCGACCACCGAAUCUUCCCGCCAAGUCGGCCGAGGAGACGCAGAGACACCGACAGCAGUACAAGGAGAUGGUGGCCGGAGCCAAGAGGAGAGAGCUGAAGGAGGCUCAGAGGAAGCAGCAGCAGCUGAAGGAGCGUGUGAGACAGGAGGAGGAGAUCGCCAACGCCAUGCUGGUCUGGAACCAGAACAUCCUGCCCCAGUGGGACACCAUGAGGUCGAGCCGCCGUGCUCAGGAUCUGUGGUGGGUGGGUUUACCGCCGAGCGUUCGAGGACGAGUUUGGAGCCACGCCAUCGGGAACGAGCUGAACAUCACAGCAGAGCUAUACGACAUCUUCCUGUGCAGAGCGAAGGAGAAGUGGGGGAGCGUCGGCACCGCACAGACAGCCGACGGGGCGUCGGCGGACGGAGAGUCCAGUCUGGAUCUAAUCACACGGGACGUGUCCAGAACUUUCCCCUCCCUCUGUGUCUUCCAGAAGGGUGGUCCUUACCAUGACCUGCUGAAAAGCAUUCUGGGAGCUUACACCUGCUACAGACCUGAUGUGGGAUAUGUGCAGGGCAUGUCCUCCAUGGCAGCCAUGUUGAUCCUGAACAUGGACGAGGUCGAGGCCUUCGUUACUUUCUCCAACCUAAUGAACCGACCGUGUCAGCUGGCUUUCUGCAGAGGGGACCACCAGCUGAUGUUCAGGUAUUUCAGGGCCUUUCAGGUGUUCUUUGAAGAGACACUUCCUCGUCUCUUCGCUCACUUCCAGUCUUCAGGUCUCACUCCAGACCUCUACCUCAUGGACUGGAUCCUGUCUCUCUACACGAAGCCCCUCCCCCUGGACGUGGCGUGCAGAGUUUGGGACGUCUUCUUCCGUGACGGGGAGGAGUUCCUGUUCAGGACCGCUCUCGGCAUCCUGAGGCUGCACCAGGACGUUCUGCUGCACAUGGACCUCAUCAGCAUCGCUCAGUUCCUGUCCCGCCUCCCUGAUGAGGAGCUGCUCUCUGAUAGGCUGUUCUCCUGCAUCUCGGCGUCGGUCAUGCUAAGCGGGAACAGGAAGUGGAGUCAGGUUCUGUUGGAGCAGACCGGCUGCUGAUCCACAGUCUGUUCUCUGGUUUUGGUUCUUCAUGUUUUAGACUUCAGGUCAACCUGAGUUUCAUCAUGUGGAUCCAAACUAACCAGAACCUGUGUGGACUGAACCGGACCUCACUGUUAUGUUGGUUCUGGACGGGAAAGUUCAGACUUGACUUCUUGUUUAAACCGGAUCAGAUCAGAACUUUAAAUCCUAAAAUAAAUUAAACAGGUUUGAAUUUUAAA